GGGACAGGAAAUCGGAUCUAGCCAUAAGAAGAAUGGAUGGUAUAAAUAGAUUUCAAAAGGAGUCUUACAGGGCAACGGCUUGGGCUAGGAGACUCUCCUAACGCUUUGUUUUUUUCCUCAUAGAAGUGUGUAUAGGGAUCAUGAAACCCUUAACCAUGUAUGUGUGUGUGUGUGAGGGAGAGAGAGAGAGAGAGAAGAGAGAGAGAUGGUCACUUCAGGCUUCCAAAGUAGCAUCUGUAGUUCCAAUCAAGAAUCAACUAAUCGUUGUACAAUCUAACAUUGCAGGGGCACAAUCAGGUGUUUGUUGUGGAAUGUCUGGUGACAAUUUACCAUCUCCAAAAGAAGUUGUGGAUCUCUACAAAUCCCAAAACAUCACAAGGAUGAGACUCUUUGGUCCAAACCAAGAAAUUUUCCAGGCCCUCAGAGACACCAACAUUGAACUCAUCUUGGGUAUCCCAGAAUCUGACCUUGAAGGCAUAGCAAGUAGCAAUCUUUCCACUGCAAUUGAUUGGGUCAACACCAAUAUAAUAGCCUACUACCCUAGUGUUAGAUUCCUAUAUAUUGCUAAUGGAAAUGAAGUAAGUCCCAUUACUAAUAGCAAUGCCCAAUUCUUUCUCCCUGCAAUGCAAAAUAUUUAUGACCAAAUUGCACCAGCAGGCCUAGACAACCAAAUCAAGGUAUCCACUAUUGUUAGUGCCCAAAUCCUUGGAACCUCAAACCCUCCCUCUAAAGGGGCAUUCAGGGAUGAUGUAGGUUCCUUUAUAAACCCUAUUAUUCUCUUCCUUGUCCAAAAAGGUUCACCACUACUUGCAAAUGUAUAUCCCUACUUCAGUUACAGUGCUGACCAACAAGGCAUCAGUCUUUCCUAUGCUUUGUUUACAUCUCAGUCAAUUGUGGUACAGGAUGGUAAGCUUGGAUAUCGAAACCUUUUCGAUUCCAUAGUGAACACUUUGUAUUCAGCUCUCGAGAAGCUCGGAGCAUCCACCAUUGAGAUUGUUGUAUCAGAGAGUGGUUGGCCAUCUGAAGGAGGCACUGGAGCGUCAAUGGAAAAUGCAAGGGUUUAUAACUCAAACCUCCUUCAACAUAUGAAGGGUGGUACUCUGAAAAGGCCAGGAAAGGAGGUAGAGACUUAUGUGUUUAACAUGUUUGAUGAGAAUGAUUAUAAACAUUUUUGGGGCCUAUAUCUUCCUAAUAAACAACCCAAAUAUGGAUUUAAUUUCAGUUCUCCUCCUACAAAUAGCCCCCCAUCUGAAUCAAAUAAACCCAACUGCAUCAAUUACUAUAUCACCUUGCAUUACCCUUCGCCAAUUUAACAUCUAAUUAUCAAGCCACCGAUGGUCUAGUGAUGAAACAAGUCCGUCCUUCCAAAGUCUAUGCAACAUGAGGCCGAGCGCUGCGACGUCAGUAAUGCAAUUCUACUUCUUCUUAGAGGCCUUUCGUGGAGGAGGAUUUGGUGUUGUAAUUUCAUAGAAGAACUCAAGAAUGUAAGCAAUAUACUGGACAACAUGUUGUCUUUUUUGUUUAUUUUCUCUGUUAUUUUGAAGGGUCCUUUUAAGCGUUACUAUGCCUAAUCAAGAA